CGUACUGGAGAGCUUGGAGCGCAGGCGGCGUGACGUCAGCGAGGGGCGGGAGGAACGUCAUCGGCAGAAACUUGACAGGCGACAUCCCCUUCUGCAUAACGGACUAGGAGACAAAAGCCAAUGGAUAAGUGUUAACACAAUGAAAGAUACUGAAUCUAGAGAAUCCGGGAAGGAUGAGGAUUGGGUUGAUGAUGCUGUCAACAGUGACAAGGAUUUACCUAUGAGGCGGAGUUUCUCCGUGGAGGACCUGCUUGAUGAGGUGGAGAAGAUUGGCAAUGUCUCGACAGGGGAAAAUAAGGUUGAGAUCGUGGUCAGGUUGUGGAAGAACGGAUUCACCGUGAACGACGAGGACCUUCGCAGUUACUCUGAGGAUGAAAAUCAGCAGUUCCUGGAGGCUAUUAAACGAGGGGAGCUGCCACCAGAGCUGGAAAACUCAGCGGAGGAAGAAGAACUGGAAGUGAAUGUAGAAGACUUGAAGGAAGAGAUGUAUGUGCCGAGGAAGAAGAGUUUCCACCCCUUCACUGGCCGAGGCUACCGACUGGGCAGCGUGGCACCCAGGAUAAUAGCCAGGUCUCCGUCAAUACACAAAGAGGACAGCACCCCCACUGUGCCGUCAGUGUCCUUGAAUGACACACAGCCAGUCACCAGCCUUCAGAUCUGGCUGGCAGAUGGGAGACGACUGGUACAGAAGUUCAACCUUUCUCACAGGAUCAGCGAUGUGCGGGAUUUCGUGCAGCAGUCAGAGAGCUCCGGCUCGCCCUUCAUCCUCACGACGUCACUUCCCUUCCGCGAGCUGAGGCAGCCAGACCUGAGCUUGCAGGAGGCCGACCUGAGCAACGCCGUCAUUGUCCAGCGACCCCUGCUGUCCCCAUCCGACGGCGCUAACUGAGGAGACCAAAGACCGGCGGCACACUGUAGCGACACUGCAAACUGCCGCGGCCGUCUCUGCGGCAAGCGGGCACCCGGACACCUGUUCACCAGCUCGCACACAAACAUGUUGUAUGCAGAAUACAGAUUCUUCCACUUAUUUGAUAUGCACACGAGCAGGAAGCUUCGAGAGACUGCCUGCAUGUACUAUAGAGUAUCCACGCAAAAUGACGUUUACUAUCUUUACUGUGCUGGCAGAUUAUAGGAGGCUUCAAAGGCCAGGAUGGGACUAUGCUGUGCUGUUCUGCCAGUCGCUUCUUACAUUUACAUUUAAUUGAUUUAGCAGACACUUUAUGCAAAGCAACAUACAUGUUUUUGAGAGAGCGGGAUCAGACUGUCCCUGGGGCAAUUGAAGGUUAAGGGCCCAAUAGAGGCAUAACUCUGCCCUCCGCAGGGUUUGAAACAGUGAUUUCUGAUCACAACCACAGAGCCACACAACACCUUCAUAAGUUAACUAUGUGAGAACCUAAUGGAACCCACUAAAAUAAGCAGUAGGUUAAACAAUCUGGUAACUGACUGCACGUGAUAAUCUCUGACUAGGCUUUUCAAGCCUCGAAUCUCCCGGACUGCUUGGAUUUAUGGGUGAAAUUAUGACUUUCCAUGAAGUCUGCAGUUGAAAUCUGAUUUUUUUGUGUAAACUUGAUUAUAUAGAAGACUGUUACUGCUACAAUACAUGCUAACAAUAAUAAGGGCAAAAUUAGCUGUCUAAAGGUCGCACUUCACAUGCGGUCUCUGUCGCUGUCACUCUUGCAUCCUUCACGGAAAACAAUCAAGAAACACGUUUAGAUUAAUCAUCGGUACUAAAUGAACUGAUUCCAAUAAAUGACAUCGUCUCCAUUCUGGUUUGCAGCCUGUUUACUUUGUGAACUUUUGCUUAAUAUAUGUGAUAUUUUAAUAAUAUAAUGUACAUCUGGCUAAAAAUUUUAUAUGAAACCGUUUUCAUGCAAAUAUAUUGGGAGCUGAACUUGAAAUACCACAAUACAUACAGUUAAGCCAUAAAUGGUUUUAUAGUUCAAAAUGCAUACAUAUGUAUUAGUUGAUUUAUUUUAUUUGUCGCAAUAAAUGCUUUUCUGCUGCAUGGA